CCGGGGCCCGCCGCGGAGCCGGGGCCGGAGCCGGAGCCGAUGGCGGCCGCCGAGCCGCCGGGAGCCGGGGAGCUGCCGCAGCUGGCGGAAAAUCUGCUCUGCCGGCUGCAGGAGAAUUUUGAGGCUCUGACGGAGAAGUUGACGCUGAGAAUGGAAGAAAUGGGCGAGCGCAUCAGUGACCUUGAGACACGUGUUGCUGACCUGAUGACAGAGGCUGGGGUAGAAAACAGCGAUGAAGAAUUGGGAGUAAAGACACUUACUUAAGUUUUUCUGUGUUUUACACAUUUCCACUUAGUUUUGAGUGGUGGGCAAGUAAUGGUGUUUACAUAUUUAAUAUACCUGCAUUUUCUUGGAUUUGGAAGUGUACUUUUUUAAAACAUAUUUAAUAUACCUUGGAAAUUUUUUUUUGCCAAGAGACAAAGAACAUGACCACUUUUACAAAAGAAAAACUGCAUCUUGCUGCCUCUAUUCCAGCUGAGUGCAAUAUACAAGGGGACAGUGCUAACUCACCCCAGUGUGUAAACCGAGGCUGUCCAUUCAUACUGAAAUGUGUGUGGUUUGAAGUGUUCCUGCCCCUCAGGUAUGCUAACCUAGCUGAGGAUGCUCGCUGGUGUAAAUUUAUGUACCUCUGCUUUUAAACCUGCUACAGCUUCCCAAUGUGGCUUGCUGCGCACCUCUCACACGCACUCUGCACAAACACAGCAGUAAACUACAGUCAAUCACUUCAUCAUAUAAAAUCAUACAUUUCAGGA